CGGGCGAUGCCGCGCCGGGCCCGGGGCCGCCGCCGCCGCUGCCCUGCGCCCCGGGGAGCCGCCCGAGGAUGGUUCCCCCACCACCUGUCAGCAAGCCCCACGUGUGCCUCUCCACUGUGCUCAUCAUGACCAGCCUCGUCCUCAUGGAUGCCUACCUGGUGGAGCAGAGCCAGGGCUCCAGGAAGUUGGGCAUCUGUGUCAUGGUGGCAGUGGGUGACUUGUGCUUCCUGCUGGUCCUCCGCUAUGUGGCCAUCUGGGUCGGGGCAGAGGUAAAGACAGCUAAGCGGGGCUAUGCCAUGAUCCUCUGGUUCCUGUAUGUCUUCGUUCUGGAGAUCAAAGUCUACUUUGUGUACCAGAAUUAUAAAGCUGACCGGAAAAGCUUGGACCUCAUAGCUCGUAAAGCAUUGACCUUGCUGCUCUCCAUCUGCAUCCCAGCCCUCUAUGUGUUGUUGGUGGCCACAGAGCAUAUGGAGUAUGUCAGAACAUUCAAGAAGAAGGAAGAUCUACGCAACCGCCUCUUCUGGGUCAUUGUGGACAUGCUGGAUGUGCUGGACAUCCAGGCCAACCUGUGGGAGCCACAGAAGAAGGGGCUGCCGCUCUGGGCUGAGGGCAUCAUGUUCUUCUACUGCUACAUCUUGCUCCUGGUCCUCCCGUGCGUGUCCCUGUGUGAGAUCAGCAUGCAGGGCAUUGGCAUCGUGCCACACCGGAUGAUGCUGUACCCCAUGCUGAGCAUGCUCACUGUAAACAUCACCACCAUAUUCAUCCGAGGCAGCAACAUGGUCUUCUUCAGGGAUGCCCGGGUCUCCAGCAUCUUCAUGGGCAAAAACAUGCUUGCCAUUGGGAUGAAGGUCUGUAUGUUUGUGCAGUACCAGCGGCACCAGCACCACACACCUUCGGGGCCAGACCUACAGCACAGUGACCCAGCCCAACUGCCCACAGUAGGGUUGCGCAAGUCCCGGGACCAGCCUGCCUGCCCCGAGGAGCUGGCCCGGGACAACACGUGACAAGCCAGCAGGAGCUACAGCCUGGGCACCACCAUGCCUGGCAGUACCUACAAACCAGAGGCCGCUGAGCUCCCCACCUGGACAGAGGGCAACGACCCUGCUCCCUCCCUCCCUGGGCGAAGCUGCUCAGGGCCCCGAGGGUCACAUGGUGAGGGCCCCCUGUAGUGGCCUCCAUAAGGCUGCAGAGACCUCAGCACCCCACCAAGUAAACAGGCAGCAGCGUAGAGGAGGAGGCCAGGGUUGCCUGCCAGGUGUUGUGUCUGGGUGGGGCCAGGCAGCCCUAUCUUGUGCCAGGCUCCCCCACCAGUGCUCCCCAUACAGCACUGCACUCUGGCCAGGCAGGGCACCACACAGGGACACAGCAGGUCACCUGCUUUACUGUUGUGGAUGGCCCUGGCUCCAGUGUGGUCCUUGGCAGCAACCUGCUCCCCACUGUGUAAGCCAAGGCCCCCAUGCAGGAGGAGCAACGCCUGGGCCUUCCCCUCUCAGCCAGCUGCAGGCCUGGGGGGACCCAGAAAGGGGUGACUGUCCUUUUUUGUAUUAUCUCCCUCUUUGCAAUAAAAGACCUGAGCCCUGCA